GGGAGGAUUGGGAAAGGCAGCCCCAGGAGGGAGCAGCAGCAGCAGCCUCAGACUGCACGCUAGGUUAGGAGCAGCUCUGGCAAGAGGACAAGGUGGGGAAAGCCAGGCUCUAGGAUGCUGGGGCCAGCGAGGCUAGGCCCGCCCACGUGAUCCUUGCUGCCACGGCCCUUGGCCUGCCCAGCCUACAUAUCCGCCAUGCUGCUGUCCUGGCGCGGGAAGCUGAAGCUGCUGCUCGUCACAGCAACGCUGGUCAUCCUCCUCUCAUGGCUGUACCUCCUGGCAGGCGGUCUGGAGUAUGGCCGCUCUCUCCUGCUGUCUCCUUGCUUUGGAGAACAGCCCAGCCGGGACGUGGAACGAGAGGCCUUGGUGUCUCAGGUGCACAGGGUGGAGGAGGAGAACCAGCAGCUGCGCCUACAACUCAGCCAGUCCCUGGUGCAGGUGGGGGCCACAGAGGGGGGUGACGGCAGCCAGCCAUGGGCAGCCUCUGUGGAGGACAGGGAUGCUGCAGGGGAGGAGAAGAGCAACCGCACAGACUGCACCAAGCAGCGGACGGUGCAGAAGUGUGAGCUCCUGCAUAUGGCAAUUGUCUGUGCUGGGCACAAUGCAAGCCGAGACGUGGUCACCCUGGUGAAAUCCAUUCUCUUCCACAGGAAGAACCCUCUUCAUUUCCACCUCAUCACGGACUUGGUGGCUCGCCAGAUCUUGCAGACUCUCUUCCAGUCCUGGAUGGUACCCUCCGUCCACGUCAGCUUCUAUGAUGCCGACAACUUGAAGCCAGAGGUGUCCUGGAUUCCCAACAAGCACUACUCAGGGAUUUAUGGGCUGAUGAAGCUGACACUUACCAAGGCACUGCCCCCCAACCUCACCAAGGUCAUCGUGCUGGACACAGACAUUACCUUCGCCACUGACAUUGCUGAGCUGUGGGCCGUCUUUGGGAAGUUCUCUGAGAAGCAGGUGAUUGGGUUGGUGGAGAACCAGAGUGACUGGUAUCUAGGGAACCUGUGGAAGAACCACAGGCCAUGGCCAGCACUGGGACGCGGCUUCAACACAGGGGUGAUCCUUUUGCUCCUGGAGCGCCUGCGACAGAUUGGCUGGGAGCAGAUGUGGCGGCUGACGGCGGAGCGGGAGCUCAUGAGCAUGUUCUCCACCUCACUGGCAGAUCAGGACAUCUUUAAUGCAGUGAUCAAGCAGAACCCCGUGUUGGUGUACCAGCUCCCCUGCUUCUGGAACGUGCAGCUGUCAGACCACACCCGCUCCGAGCAGUGCUACACAGAGGUCUCUGAUCUUAAGGUGAUCCACUGGAACUCACCUAAGAAGCUGCGUGUGAAGAACAAGCAUGUGGAGUUCUUCCGAAACCUCUACCUGACGUUCCUGGAGUACGAUGGGAAUCUGCUGCGCAGGGAACUUUUCGGCUGUGCCAGCCCACCCAGCCUGCCCGGCGACCAGCUGCAGCGGGCGCUGGAGGACCUGGAUGAGGAUGACCCCUGCUAUGAUUUCCGCCGGCAGCACCUCACACAGCACCGCAUUCACCUCUUCUUCCUGCAGUAUGAGUUCAUGGCCUUGUCUGACCCAGCUGAUGUCACCCUGGUUGCCCAACUCUCCAUGGACAGGUUACAGAUGCUGGAGGCCAUCUGCAAACACUGGGCAGGACCCAUCAGCCUGGCGCUGUACAUGUCAGACGCGGAGGCCCAGCAGUUCCUGCGCUACGCCCAGGCCUCGGAGGUGCUGAGUAGCCGCAGGAACAUUGCCUACCACAUUGUGUACAAGGAAGGGCAGUUCUACCCCAUCAACCUCCUGCGGAAUGUGGCGCUGACCAAUGCGCGAACACCCUAUGUUUUCCUGACUGACAUCGACUUCCUGCCUAUGUACAGCCUCUACGAUUACCUCAGGAGCUCCAUUCAGCAGCUGGCACUGCCUCAGAGGAAGUUGGCACUCAUUGUGCCAGCAUUUGAGACUCUGCACUAUCGCCUGACCUUCCCCAAAUCCAAAGCGGAGCUGCUUUCCAUGCUGGACAUGGGCUCCCUCUACACUUUCAGGUACCACGUGUGGCCCAAGGGCCAUGCCCCAACUGACUAUGCCAAGUGGCGGACAGCCACAGUGCCGUACCGCGUGGAGUGGCAGCCGGACUUUGAGCCUUAUGUUGUAGUGAGGCGCGACUGUCCGCAGUAUGACCAGAGGUUCGUGGGCUUCGGCUGGAACAAGGUGUCCCACAUCAUGGAGCUUGAUGCCCAGGAGUAUGAGCUGCUGGUCCUGCCCAAUGCCUUCAUGAUCCACAUGCCUCAUGCUCCCAGCUUCGACAUCUCCAAGUUCCGCCUCAGUGCUGGGUACCGGGGCUGCCUGCAGACACUGCGGGAGGAGUUCCACCAGGACUUGUCGCGCAGUGGCUAAUUCCCCUGGGCCCCAAGAGUCGAGCUGAGCUUUUUGCAUCUCAGGUCAUUACUACAUGUCAAAUUCUAGAGCGUCACAUCUGGGGUUCUCUUUAUAUCUGGGCAAACACAUGGACAGCAAGAGUCAGCACCUCCCAGCCACGUCAGUCAGCGAUGUACAAUUUGGAAUGGAAUCCAGCCCCCUGCACUGUGCUACACUGGCUUGAUGAAGCUAACAGGCAUUCAAAACUGUUUAGGCCCAAUGGGCAAUAGUUCUUGCACCAAGAAGGAGCAAGGUGAGGUAGGAAGGGUCUAUUGGGGAGGUGGGCAAGAGCAGAAGUGCAGUUUGAGAAUGUUUCCAGGCUUACAAAAUCUGCUUUACAAUCAUCGCAGAGAUUUCUUUCCUCCUAGCUUCUUCCCCAAAAAGCAGUGCUAAGACAAGCCAGCUACCCUGAGCCAUGUGUGUAUUAAACUAGAUCCUACCUAUCCUGGAGCACCACCACCUAAAGUCAAGCUAAAGCCAAGGCCCUACUUGUGCACUAGGAAAAAACAGUGAGUUCAAGUGCAGCUAGCUACACUGAUGAAUUAGCCAUGCCUAACCUAAAUGCAAAAGCUUUGCUUUAGGCUAGGUUCCUACUAAGGAUUUUGCUAGGAUCAUAGGGUUGGCUACCAGUGUGACUUUGUUUCUGUACCAGUGAAAGCAGGGCAGCUUAUCCUGAUGUUUCAGAGGUCUGCAUCUGAGCCUUGCCCUGGACAGCUAGACACGAUACUGGCUGCACCAUGGCCUUGUGUGCCAGUGGCUAUAGAAACUGGUGUGCCUUAA